ACGCGCGGCGGCGGCGGGAAGAUGGCGGAGUCCGGUGGUGGCAGUGCCGCUGGUGGCGGUGGCUUUGGUGCGGGCCCGGGCCCCGAGCGCCCAAACAGCACAGCCGACAAGAAUGGGGCCCUCAGAUGUACCUUCUCAGCACCUGGCCACAGUACCAGCCUCCUGCAGGGCCUUGCUGCCCUCCGUGCGCAGGGCCAGCUUUUGGAUGUUGUGCUCACCAUCAAUAGAGAGACCUUCCAUGCACACAAGGUGGUCCUGGCUGCCUGCAGUGACUACUUUAGGGCCAUGUUUACUGGCGGCAUGAGGGAGGCAAACCAGAGUAUCAUUGAGCUGAAGGGUGUUUCUGCACGUGGCCUGCGGCACAUCAUUGACUUUGCCUACAGUGCAGAGGUGACACUGGACCUGGACUGUGUUCAGGAUGUGCUGGGUGCUGCUGUGUUCCUUCAGACCCUGCCUGUGGUGGAGCUGUGCGAGGAGUUCCUCAAGGCUGCUAUGAGCGUGGAGACUUGCCUCCACAUUGGCCACAUGGCCACCACUUUCAGCCUGACCUCGCUCAAGGAGUCUGUGGACGCUUUCACCUUCCGCCACUUUCUGCAGAUUGCUGCCGAGGAGGACUUUCUACACCUGCCGCUGGAGCGCCUGGUCUUCUACCUGCAGAGCAACCGGCUUCAGAGCUGCGCUGAGAUUGACCUGUUCCGUGCGGCUGUGCGCUGGCUGCAGCAUGACCCGGCCCGGCGGCCACGCGCCAGCCAUGUGCUCUGUCAUAUUCGCUUCCCACUAAUGCAGUCGUCAGAGCUAGUGGACAGUGUGCAGACACUGGACAUCAUGGUGGAAGAUGUGCUGUGCCGCCAGUAUUUGCUGGAGGCUUUCAACUAUCAGGUGCUGCCCUUCCGGCAGCACGAGAUGCAGUCACCACGUACAGCUGUGCGCUCGGACAUACCCUCCCUGGUGGCUUUCGGCGGCACACCCUACACGGAUAGUGACCGCUCUGUCAGCAGCAAGGUGUACCAACUGUCUGAGCCAGGUGCCCGCCACUUCCGAGAGCUCACUGAGAUGGAGGUGGGCUGCAGCCACACGUGUGUGGCCGUGCUAGACAACUUUGUGUAUGUGGCAGGUGGUCAGCACCUGCAGUAUCGCAGCGGUGAGGGUGCAGUGGACGCCUGCUAUCGCUAUGACCCGCACCUGAACCGGUGGCUGUGCUUGCAGGCUAUGCAGGAAAGCCGCAUCCAGUUCCAGCUGAAUGUGCUGUGUGGCAUGGUGUACGCCACGGGCGGCCGCAACCGGGCAGGUAGCCUGGCGUCAGUGGAGCGCUACUGCCCACGGCGCAAUGAGUGGGGCUACGCAUGCUCGCUGAAGCGCCGCACCUGGGGCCACGCGGGUGCUGCAGCGGGGGGCCGCCUGUACAUCUCAGGCGGCUACGGCAUCUCAGUGGAGGACAAGAAGGCGCUGCACUGCUAUGACCCAACAGCCGACCAGUGGGAGUUCAAGGCACCCAUGAGCGAGCCCCGAGUGCUCCAUGCCAUGGUGGGAGCAGGUGGCCGCAUCUAUGCCCUGGGCGGCCGCAUGGACCAUGUAGACCGCUGCUUUGACGUGCUAGCUGUGGAGUACUAUGUGCCUGAGACAGACCAGUGGACCAGUGUGAGCCCCAUGCGGGCUGGCCAGUCGGAGGCUGGCUGUUGCCUGCUGGAUCAGAAGAUUUACAUUGUGGGUGGCUACAAUUGGCGACUCAACAACGUGACAGGCAUUGUGCAGGUGUACAACACCGAGACGGACGAGUGGGAGCGAGACCUGCACUUCCCUGAGUCCUUUGCAGGCAUUGCCUGUGCCCCUGUGCUGCUGCCCCGGGCUGGAGCCCACAGGUAGCUCCUGGAACUCCCAGCUGGCCACGUUGUCUCCCAAGAGGCUAGGCGAGCACAUGUCCUGGCUGAAAACCCUGGAACUCCCUAGGCUGGCUUCCAGGGGUCUCUUCUCUCUUCUCAAAGCGGAUGCAGAGGGAGCCCAUCAGCAAGCAUGGCAAGAGGGUAUUUUCACCUGCCUCAUGCCCUGGCUUGCAAGAGGGAAUCUGGGUCCUCUUUGAGAUGUUGUAUAUGGCUUUGUCUUGCUUUUCUCUCCUUCGCCAGCCCAUGGUCUCAUAUUUUAAGAAGCAAGUUCAUGAUCCUGAUCCCCCUCAGUUUGUGUGAGUGUGUGGACUCUAAAUUCACCCAAACCUCU